CAUUUUUAAUUUUGGUUUAUAUUUCAUUUGAUGGCCAUCAACAACACAAAAAACGGAAACAGUUGGUUGAAUGGCAGUUGAAUCUUAAUCAAACACUUCCUUCUUCCUGAGUUUUUGUGAUCUCGCAGGUUGUGGCACCAUGGCAUAUAGGAGAAGACAAGGAAUAACAAGAGCCUCAACCUUCAAGGAAGAAUUUCAUUCAUCAUUGGAUAAUAAUGAUAAUGUUAAGGAUUCUUCUGUUCAUCAUGAGAAAAAUGCUUCUGCUCCACCUUUCUUAUCUUCCUCUUCAUUUUCAUCAUCAUCACCAUCUUCAUCCUUGGCUGCUCAAGCAAUCAAAGCCUCCGCCGCUGCUCGGCGCGAACCGUCUCUUUCCUUUGCUAUUGCCCCCUCCUAUGAUGCUGAUCAUCAAAGAUCCAAGAACUUCCCUUCACAAUUCAAGCCACUAUAUGAACCCCCUGACUCCAAUAAAAUGAUGGAAAAUCCCACAUUUCGGAAGGGCUUGGAUAGAAUCACUACUUCUCUCAAUCAACUAGGUGACACCUUUGAGAAAGCUUUUGAGGAAGGUCGAACAAUGGUGGAGAGUAAGACAGCAGACCUGAGAACUCAAAUCAGGCGAAAAGGAAAUGUCCCGGAGGACACAAACCUUGCUUCAGAGAUGAGGAAUCCAUGGCAGCAACCAGCUCAGACACAGAAUCCAUCCAGACAGGAAACACAACUCAAGGCAUCUCGAGACGUGGCGAUGGCAACAGCUGCUAAAGCGAAACUACUACUUCGUGAGCUAAAAACAGUUAAAGCAGAUCUUGCUUUCGCUAAAGCACGGUGUGCUCAACUUGAAGAAGAAAAUAAAUUACUCAGGGACCGAGAGGGAAGCGAGAAGGGACAAAACCGUGAAGAUGAUGAUCUGAUCCGGCUUCAACUGGAGACACUUCUUGCUGAGAAGGCUCGUUUGGCGAAUGAGAACGAGACAUAUUCUCGGGAAAACCGUUUCCUGAGAGAGGUUGUGGAGUAUCAUCAGCUGACUAUGCAGGAUGUGGUAUAUCUAGAUGAGGGCAUGGAAGAAGUCACAGAAGUUUACCCUGUAGAUUCCAAUGGGCUACACCAGAUAUUAUCUGUGUCUUCACACUCAUCGUCACCGCCAACUCCCGAUGAGGUUGUUCUUGGCUCAACAAGUCCACGUAUGCUAUCAAAAGGGAUGUUUCCUGUGCCAGAAGAAGAUGAUGAUGAUAAGAGUACAUCAGAAGAUGAAGCUCCUCAUCGUACCUCAGUUUCUAAGCAUGCAAAAUGAUCUCCUUUUUUGUUCAUAGCUUAGUCUUAGAAAUAUUCAUGCUUUGUAACAUCUAUUCAUUUCUUAUACAUGAUAGCAUUGUGAGGAAGAGGGUGGGGGUGUUUAUUGAAAAAUCCUUUUUUUUUGUGUGUAACUUAUCUACGGGUGGUUUGACAAAUUCCAUUUGAUUUUAUGUAUUAGCUGGUCAAAAUUUGUUGGUUCUUGUUUUGGACCUACUUCGAAUAUGACAAGUUCAUUUAACA